AUCCAAACCCUCUUCUUCCAUGCAAUUAUUCUCCCUCUCUCUUUAGCUAUUUGAUCAGCUUUUGUUCCAAAUUUUCCUAGAGUUGUUGGGUCUUCUUCAUUUUCUCUUCCUUUUGAUUUUCUAGUGCAGAAGCUUAAUCCCAAUUCCCAUGGCUGUUGUUACCUUAACAUCUUCUGUUAAUACCAGCCCCUCGCCAACUUUGCCCUUUGGAAACGACAACACCACCCUCCGCGAGGCCUCUUUUUCUGCGUAUUUAAACGGCACAGAGGAAGCCUUUGUUCGUAAACUUGCUGAUCACUCAAGUCGAAGCCUCAUGGCGCCUCAUGAAGAAAGGAAAAAGGAAGAUGAUGAAGAAAUUGGAGUCUUUGGUGCAGAGAAGUACUUCAAAGGAGGAUUAAUGGAUGAGGAUAAUCCAAGAAGUACUGCCGGCAUGAGUGCAAAGAAGCACCAAUACAAGAAAGCUGAAAGAGUUGAUCUGGAGCCCAUCAAGUGCAGAAUUCAGCCUCUAACGCCGAGUGUUCAAUCUGAAUCAAGUUGGAACAGCCAGAGCUCGUUAUUGCAGAGUGGCGUAAGAAAUCCUUCAAGGACUAAUACAAACAAGGUACGCAGAAAGAAGAUUCUUGCAGGUCUUGGCUGCAAAUAUUGCUCUUGUUCUGAUAAAGAUUCUGUUGAGAUUAAAGAACAUGGUGAUGAAAUCAGUUUCCAAGGUAAAGCAAUCAAAACGGAGCCGAGGAAAACUGAUGAUUUAGGAAAAUUGGAUAAGUUGGGAGAUCGAGUUGGGUUGAACAGAGAAAACUGUUUUACUUUCCCAACAUCAAAUUCCGGGGCAGCUGGAAAUCUGCCGAUCACAUUGCAAUUUCAAGAAGACAAGGAGGAAAAACUAAGAAAGUCAAUAGAAGUUUUUGGCUCCCCUGUAAUGGGAAAGAGAAACAAGUCUUUAAGCAUUGAGAGGAGGCUAACAAUGUUGUCCUGGGAUGCCACUCCAAGAUUGGAGGAAAUCGAUUUUUCUGCACCUUCCGGCGGAACCUACAAUGAUACUGAGAGUGAUGCAAGUUCAGACCUUUUUGAGAUAGAGAGCCUCACAGGGAAAGCCAACCCUUUUCUUGCAAGGCAAGCAUCAGAUGCUACGUCUGGCUGUGUCACCCCCACAACUUGUUAUGAACCCAGCGAGGCAAGCAUAGAGUGGAGUGUAGUCACCGCCAGCGCUGCAGAUUUCUCUGUGAUGUCAGAUUGUGAAGAGCUAAGGUCAACAAGUACAAAAAAAGGGGCGUCGGCAAUUACAAAUGCCAAAGCUGAAACUAACAGAGAGAUACAGAGGCGUCGUUCCGGCAUUUUGUUGGGUUGUAAGAGUCAGAAGGCUGUGCAAGUCGCCGGAGAUGCCUACAGAUCAACGAAUGAGAAGGCAAACGUUUACCCAUCAAUGCAUCGCAGGCCGGAUUCCUUCGUUCCUGUGACAAGGUUUCGAGCUGAGACCAUGUCCACUGGCUUCAGCUCCAGGCAAGGGCAACAUCGGUCCCUGUCACCUCGUGCUUCACAUCUUUUGUACAUUCAGUGAUCUAGAUUUGCUUUGUUGAAGUAUGGUUUGAUUACAUAUUCUGUACUGUGUACCAUAUAAGGUUUAUCUUAAAUGAUUAAGUUUA